GCAAACUUUGCCUGAUUUAAAAGUCCGAAACUUUUCUGUUAAAGCGACGAACGGGUUGACAGCCGGGUCGCUCGGUGUAUAAAUGGUCUGCAAUAUAUUUUAAUACGUUAAUAGUAGCGUUUAGGCUGCGUGGAUUUGAUUUAUCGACGUGCAUUUGUGACCUCGUUGUGUUUACGUGUGCAUAGCUCUACAGGCGUCCCCUCAGCUCACACCUCUGCCAUAUUGGCACCAAGUCUGCACGAUCAACUGAGUAAACAGCUGAGAUGAUCCACAGUCUGUUCCUGAUUAAUCACUCUGGAGACAUCUUCCUGGAGAAACACUGGAAGAGUGUCAUCAGCCGGAGCGUGUGUGAUUACUUCUUCGAGGCGAAGGAGAAAGCAGUGGAGCCGGAGAAUGUGCCCCCAGUCCUGCAGACCCCACACCACUAUCUCAUCAGCAUAUACAGGGGCAAGCUCUUCUUCCUGUCUGUCAUCCAGACUGAAGUCCCUCCGCUGUUUGUCAUCGAGUUCCUGCACAGGGUGGCAGACACAAUUCAGGAUUACUUUGGAGAGUGCUCAGAAGGUGUAAUCAAGGACAAUGUGGUGACAGUGUACGAGCUGUUGGAGGAAAUGCUGGACAACGGCUUUCCACUAGCAACAGAGUCCAACGUCCUCAAAGAGAUGAUCCGGCCUCCCACCAUCCUGCGAUCGGUCGUCAAUACGCUCACAGGUGGCAGUAAUGUUGGAGAUACGUUGCCAACAGGUCAGUUGUCUAAUGUCCCAUGGAGGCGGGCUGGUGUUAAAUACACCAAUAAUGAGGCAUAUUUUGAUGUGAUCGAGGAAAUAGAUGCCAUUCUCGACAAAUCAGGUACGACAGUGUUUGCAGAGAUCCAGGGUGUAAUUGAAGCCUGUGUAAGGCUCACUGGGAUGCCUGACCUGACUCUGUCCUUUAUGAAUCCGCGUCUUCUCGACGACGUGAGUUUCCACCCAUGUGUGCGGUUUAAGCGCUGGGAGGCAGAGCGUGUCCUUUCUUUCAUCCCACCAGAUGGAAACUUCACUCUCAUGAACUAUCAUGUCAGCUCUCAAAAUCUCGUGGCCAUUCCAGUAUACGUGAAGCAGAGCAUCAGUUUCUUUGAGACGGGACCUUGUGGUCGCCUAGACAUCACAAUCGGACCCAAGCAGACCAUGGGGAAGACGGUGGAGAACAUGAUGGUCACUAUCCACAUGCCUAAAGCUGUGCUCAGUGCCAACCUCACAGCCACACAGGGAAACUACACCUACGACAUCGCUACCAAGGUGUUGGUUUGGGACAUUGGGAAACUGAACCCCCAGAAGCUUCCUAACUUGCGAGGCAGUCUGAGUAUACAGGCAGGAACCCCCAAACCUGAAGAAAACCCCUCACUCAACAUUGACCUGAAGAUACAGCAGGUGGCCAUAUCAGGUCUUAAAGUGAGUCGCCUCGACAUGUACGGAGAAAAGUACAAGCCGUUUAAAGGGGUCAAAUAUUUGACCAAAGCUGGGAAAUUCCAAGUGCGGACCUGAGGAGUGAUGGUCAACAAUCCAAUGUGCCAAAUAUGGGUCAAAGUUACCACCCUGCUGUGUUAGCGCUCCAAUAAGUCUUACGUAUCCUCAUUGUAAUUAAUGAACGAUUUUGCAUUUUAAUAGCUAUUUAUUAUGUGUUUAACAUUACUUAUAAAGCAUACGACUGGAUGGUAUUUGUGGCCUGUAAAGGGAAGCCUUAAUAAUCAAUGUGACCUUGUUGAAGUGCUAUUAGUUUCUAUUCAGCUGAAAUGUGCUGCGUUGUGUGCGACAUUCCUCUUUCUUUUUUUUGGACUAUUUCUGAUUAUCUUUUCUAUUUUUUCUUCUGUCUAACACCUUUUUCUGAGUGUUGCCCGAGGGGAAUAUUUUGGUUUGAAAAGGCACACUCGCAGCUCGCCGCCUCCUCGCUCCUCACUACUUCAGCACAUCUAUGAAAUCUUACUAGCAUGUUGCGUGAAAGUAAGCAGCCAUGCCUUUUGAAAACCUUUUUACAUACUAUAAGGUAGCAAGUUUUAUACUUAUAUACUGUAUAUAUAAAUAUAUAUAUGUUUAUUUUUGAAAAAUCACAUGUGUCUACAUUCUGAAUAGCUACAGUGUGCAGAUGAGGCACUGUCUUUAGUACAGGUAUAUUUGCACACAUUCACUCUUUCAUGUGGCCUUGCAAGGGUAUGUUAAGGUGCUUUGUAAAGCACACUAUAGCACAACCUGUAUUUGAUACGUAUAACUUCAAAAUAUAUAUAUAAGGUACACAGUUAGAUCUAAGGAGAGUGUGCAACUCUCUGCAGGGCCUAUAUACAAGUGAAUGAUUCAGGCAGUAGUCUGUUAUGUAGAAAACACUCAGAAAUCGACAAGAUCCUUACAUAAUCUUGAAUGCAACUUCUUUACUCCGCACAAGAUUUGCACAAUCAGUUGCCAACGUGAAGAAAUACUACUUAAAGCUCUUGUAUGAAGGUGAAUCUGCAUUUCAGUGUCUUAUAAAAGCUUUAAAAUGA